CCCGUGGCCAACGGCUCAGCCCUGCGUACGCGUCCACUGGGACCCAGCCUUGGGGCUAGUGCGCAAGCGCGGCGCUUCCCGACUCCAGGUCGCCCGCUCUCCGUAUACGCAUGCCCGGGCGGCGGCGGGAGAGCGCGGAGUGGACCGCCGGAAGUGCCCGGGCCAGCACCACCGAGAGCAGGCUCGCCCAGUUAGCUAGAGGGGCUCGCUUCCGCCCCGCUGCAGGACUGGGGGUGGCCAUCUUGGCCGAAGAGAACACGUGAAUUCUGGAAGUAGCGCCUCCGUAAGAUGGCCACCAGCCUGAGCGAAGAGACCGACGGGGGCAGCGUGCGUAACGACUGUCUAACUUACCGGUGACCCGAAAUGCAGAGUGGUGGAGAUCACUUAUGUGAAAGGAGACCUCUUUGCAUGCCCCAGAACAGACUCUCUGGCCCACUGUAUCAGCGAGGACUGUCGCAUGGGUGCUGGAAUAGCAGUCCUCUUCAAGAAGAAAUUUGGAGGGGUGCAGGAGCUGCUAAGCCAACAGAAGAAAUCUGGAGAAGUGGCUGUUCUGAAGAGAGAUGGGCGCUAUAUAUAUUACUUGAUUACAAAGAAGAGGGCUUCGCACAAGCCAACUUAUGAAAACUUAAGGAAGAGUUUAGAAGCCAUGAAGUUCCAUUGUUUGGAGAAUGGAGUCACUGAUAUCUCCAUGCCCAGGAUUGGAUGUGGUCUUGAUCGGCUGCAGUGGGAAAACGUAUCUGUGAUGAUUGAAGAGGUAUUUGAGGCAACAGACAUCAAAAUUACUGUGUACACACUCUGAACAGAUGAACAUUUUGGAUGUGUCCCUGUUCUCCUGUGUCGUCCCUCCUUGGCCAUAGGAAUGAGCAAACUGACUUUAACAUGAACAGAGGAAAAUGUUCAUGUAAAGGACACAAUGUCAUAGGCAAUACUUAGGCUGCUAUACAUCAUUUUUUGGGACUCUGGUGGAGGGAUUGCUUGGGAGAUGUUGCUAAUAUUUUUUCAGGAGGUGUCCUGAUUUGUUCAGCUGGCCAUUAGGUGGCAGCAUUGAUUGUUUUUCUCUGCAUUUUAAAGAGAAAUUUCAGAAAGGGAAGGUUUGAGUCACUUAGGUUUGUUUUUAUUAGUUAUACAUUUAACCUGGUGUUGUUCUUCUCAUCAGAUUUAUCCUAGGAGAGAAGUAUGUGUUGUUUUCAUUACAAAAUAGAGAAUUGAGGUCUACCUUGUUACCAAGAAUUUGUGGUGACAAAAAAUGGGAAAAUAAAUCCUUUUCAGUAAGGUUCUCUGCUCA